CCCUCUCCCCCUUUCGCCGAAAAAACCUUCCCUCGACCUGAUCGAUGUUGACCUGCCUUACAAAGAUAUUCCUCCCUUCUUUUGCUUCAGGAUUAGUCCGAUUAUCGACCUAGCUUUCAAGCCGACAAUCAACUACCCAAAAUGACCAAGAAGAGAAGAGGUACCGGCCGAGCCAAGAAGGGUCGUGGUCACGUUGGAUUCCUCAGGUGCACCAACUGUGCCCGAUGCAUUCCCAAGGACAAGGCCAUCAAGCGUGUCAAGGUGACCAACAUCGUCGAGGCCGCUGCCAUCAGGGACAUGGAGGAGGCUUCCAUCUACAAGGAGUACGCCCUUCCUAAGCUCUACAACAGGACCGUGUACUGCAUCUCGUGUGCUAUCCACUCCAAGGUCGUCCGAGUCCGAUCCGCCAAGCCCGGUGCCGUCAACAGCAGGAAGAACCGAGCUCCUCCCCCCAGGCCCAGGUUCAAGGAUGGCAAGCGAAUCAACGCCGCCGUCGCUGCCGCCCAGGACAAGGCCGCCGCCGCCAAGGCCUAAGCCUUUCCAACUCGUUAAAUACUCUAGAACCACAAAUGAGACGAGACGGAUCCCCUCGGGUCGUAGGAGGAAGACGAGGAGAGGAGGAGGAUCUGAAGAAGAAGAAAGACUCGAUCUCUUUGUAGCGGGUCCUUUCGCUUUCCAUUGGGCCUUUCUUUCCUAUCCCUGGCUUUCUUUGACGAUGGAAUUGAUGACAAAAACAACUGCUUGAAUUCUCGUCUUGCUUCGCCGAAGUGCCCGGUUCGUCUGUUGGUCUCAAUUCAACUUCUUGGAGGCAUCACCGUGAUUGUUAUAGGAGCCGGCUGAUCUACGCAAGAGA